UAAGAGAAAGAAGGGUUUAGGGUUUUAAGAAAGGGAAAGCGGUAUCUCUCCCUCCUUCCCUCUCUGUUAGUCUUCCGAAUUCAUUCUCGAAAAAAUCCGCGAAAAUCUGUUAGUACCGCUCUCAAGCGUUUAGGGUUUACUUUAGCCAGUUUAUUGUUUAAGCGGUUGGAAUCUCUCUGUUAAUCUUCCGAAUUCAUUCACAAAAAUAUCUGUUAGUACCGCUCUUGAUUAACACUAUUAUUAAGCUAAUUCAAUGGAGGGAUUGAGAACUUCACAUGCGAAUUUAGUUGUAUAUAUACACCCUUCAAAAGCGAAUAAGGUGUCUCAAGCCAUUCUUCGUGAACUCAGUUCAUUGCUCUUCAAGUAUAAUGAAAUGUUUGAUGGUGUUGUUUUGGCUUAUGACGUAGGGGUUCGGAAUGAAACUGCGAGAAUUCUUCCUGGAGUCCAUCCUUUCUAUGGCGUAAAGUUGACAGCCGAACUGCUACUUUUUUCUCCAAAGCCUGGCAUGCUUGUAGAAGGGAAGGUGGUGAGGAUUGGAGAAGACUCCAUAAAUCUUGUGGUCCUUGCCUUCUCUUCUGUUUCCAUAGUACAGGAAGAUAUUCGUAAAGAUUUCAGAUAUAAAAUUAAACACGGUGAGGAAUCGUUGGCCAGUAGAUCUCACAAGCGACAUGUGAUCAAGGCUGGGAGCACAGUUCGCUUUUUAGUUAAGAGCUUUGAUGAAGAAAUACUACACAUUUCAGGAUCCCUGAUUCCAUCCCAUACUGGAGGCGUUGAUUGGUUGGAUAAAAAUGCGGAAGAAGGUUCACAAUCAGAGAGUAGGAGCAUCAAGAGAGAAAGGGAGACUAGUAAGGUAAAGGCAGGGCUUGAUUCAGGAGCCUGUAGCGAAGAUACAACUAUGAACAGUGAGCGAAGCCGGUCAAAGAAGUCAAAAAAGGGAGACUGAAAAAGUGAAAAGGCAGAGCUUGAGUCUAUUGAAGAUACAACUGUGAACAAUGAGCAAAACCGUCGAAAGAAGUUGUGAGAACUACGAGCGAGGUGUUUGUACUUUUGCUUGUCAGUUUUGUGUUAUUAGCUGUUGUAACAGCUCAUCCUAUAUAAGGAUAGACCCUUCCUUGUUCUCUCUUUAUCACAAUAAUGGAAAUCUCUCGGACACUUUUGUAUCCUUCCUAAAUUUUACAUGGUAUUGCCUGUAAAAAAACACAACUGUUGCUGUGUGCAGUGAUGCAAACUAGAUUUGGUUGGUUGGUUUGGCCUCCUGAUAUGAAUUUGCCUUUCUGG